AGGGUUGGGCCGUUGAACUGUCUCUCUCAGUGUGACAGACAAACCUAAAGGUAAACUGCUACCCUCACUCACACACCAGUCAACAAUGCCUGCAGACUACAAUGGACGGUGGGAGAUGGUGAGCAAUGAGAACUUUGAGGACGUCAUGAAGGCCAUCGACAUUGACUUUGCCACCAGAAAGAUAGCUUCCCACCUGCAUCAGACAAAAAUAAUCAUCCAGAACGGAGACAAGUUUGAAACAAAGACCCUGAGCACCUUCAGAAACUACGAGGUCAACUUCACCGUGGGAGAGGAGUUUGAGGAGCACACAAAGGGCCUGGACAACCGAAAAGUCAUGACACUGGUUACCUGGGAUGGAGACAAGCUGGUGUGUAUUCAGAAGGGGGAGAAAGAAAAUCGUGGCUGGAAACAGUGGAUUGAGGGAGACCUGCUACACCUGGAAAUCACAGCGCUUGACAAAGUCUGCCACCAAGUAUUUAAGAAGGCCCAAUAAGACUGGAACGAACCUUACCUGCACAAAACUGUGUGUUGCAUGUUGCUGUCUAUUUAUAAUGUGAUUGUGAAGACCUGUAAUAAAUUGAUUUAAUACCA